UGUUCUGUGACCUAUUGUUUUUCCCACCUCCAGUCCUCCUCUACCUCACAGCAGAGCGGAUUUAUUUGACCUCAGUAAAGACCAAGAGCUGAACCUUGCCUAUGUGUCUUCGGUACCGCAUGGCGGCAUUCAACAAGUUCGAAUUCACUGGUUACUAGAACUCAUUACCGUUGGCGCACCAUUGCCGAGGGAAGGACGGAGGAGACGGAAGCAGGCUGAGUGAAAAGUGGUGAAUCAUAGGCCGUAUCUUAUCUGCUUGAAAGCUUGCAUUGUUUGCUCACAUUUCUGUAUCUCUCCUGUAUCCUGCUAAAUGUACCCAUAUCAUGGUGAUUUAUGACUUGAGGGACAUAGUAAAGCGUGACAAAUGGAAAACUUCACUACAACUUUACCAGUCUGGAUAACUUGAUGGAUCUUCUCUGGAAAAACAAACUCAUUCCAGGAUUUGAAUUGAUGGGAAGCCCUUCAGGAUACUUUACAGAUUUUGAAGACAAAAAACAGGUUAUAAGAUGGAGGAGCCUAAUUGCACUUCUGGCCAAGAGAUACAUAGAUAGAUAUGGAUUGGAACAUGUUGCCAAAUGGAAUUUUGAAACUUGGAACGAGCCAGAUCACCAUGACUUCGAUAAUGUGUCAAUGAGUGUCAAAGGGUUUCUCAAUUAUUACGACGCAUGCUCAGAAGGGUUAAGAGAAGCUAGUUCUUUACUGAAAUUUGGAGGCCCAGGAGAUUCUUUCCAUCCAUUCCCAAAGUCGCCCAUCUGCUGGAGUCUUCUACAUCACUGCUACAAUGGAACCAACUUCUUCACUGGAGCGACUGGUGUGAGGUUGGACUACAUAGCCCUACAUAAGAAGGGAGCUGGAAGUUCUCUUCACAUCUUAGAGCAAGAAACAGAAGCAAUGGAGCAAAUUCAGAAGUUGUUCCCAAAUUUCACCUCGGUUCCUGUAUACAAUGAUGAAGCAGACCCACUCGUUGGAUGGUCAGUUCCACAAACGUGGAGAGCUGAUGUGACCUAUGCAGCCAUGGUGGUGAAGGUAAUCAUCCAACAUCAAAACCUGCUCAUUUCCAAAGCCAACAACACUAUCAACUACACUUUGCUGAGUAACGACAAUGCCUUCAUGAACUACCAUCCGCAUUACUUCACCCAGAGAACGCUGACUGCCCGAUUUCAGAUGAACAACACAAAGCCACCUCAUGUCCAGAUGGUGAGGAAGCCUGGGCUGACCGUAAUGGGAUUGCUGGCACUGCUAGGGGAAAACCAAGUUUUUGCAGAUAUUAUCAGCAAAGGCGAAAGUGCCGACACCGACACUGUUGGAGUACUAGCCACCGUGCACACUCCUGCGGAGCUACAGUCGUCAGACAGCUGGCAGGCCACCAUACUGAUCUACGCUAGUGAUGACAACCGGACAUCCUCUAACAUCAGUGCUGUGACAGUGAACAUUACUCGUUUCCCCAGGCAUGCAGAGCUUGUGUAUGUGACAUACUACCUGGACAACAACCUAACCAAUCCCUAUUUGGAGUGGAAGAAAGUAGGAAGCCCCGAUUUUCCUUCUGUAAAGCAAUUCCAACAAAUAAGGGAUGCCGAGGACCCGGUGGUGACCGGACCAUUCCCAUUUCCUGGGGACGGCCGCCUGAUCUUGAAACAGGAACUCCCACUUCCGUCGGUCUUUCUCAUCCAUGUCUGUGCAAGACCUCACUCUGGUCCCAAUCAAGUGACAGGCGUUCACUUGAUCCCUCUGACAAAGGGGCAGGUUGCAGUACUUUGGGACGAUGAGUGCGUGGAUUCCAAAUGUCUGAAAACAUUCGAAGUUGAGUUUUCAUCGGACGGAAAAGCAUACAGACGGAUUAAUGCCAGAGACACGAUCUUCACGCUCUGGGUCUACAGUCCAGGAACCACGGUCUCGGGCUUUUACAGAGUGCGUGCCGUCGACUACUGGAGCAAGCCAGGCCGCUUCUCCAUUCCUGUGCAGUACAUUGAAGCUCUCGCAUGAGUGCAAAACCAUCCAACCGCCAGAAGAGAAAUCUAC